AAGCGCGCUCCCGCCCAAAAUACUGGGGAUACAUGCGUUUGAGAGCAAGAACGAGAACGCGCACCUGGCAGCCACACUGGGCAGAUUUCCGUAGAGUCCGCCAGCCUUGCACAAUACUGGAGGGAGAGGGAAGAAACGGUACGCGUUGCACAGGUGAAAAUGGAGAAAGUAUUAGGACUCGCUGUGGUGUCCAGUAUUUUGUGCGUCGGGUCAGUUUUGGGAAAAUACGUCAGAGGUAUCGUCAAUACAAAAGAGGACUGGGUGUUUCUAACAAGGUUUUGCUUCCUAACUGAUUUUGGCCGAUUGGACUUUAGGUUCCGAUACCCUAAGUCCCGUUGCUGUCAGAACAUAUUGCUGUACUUUGAUGAAAGCUCUCAGUGGCCAUCUGUCUACAAGAGUCUGGACAAGGACUGUUAUCAAAAAGAAUCAGUAUUGAGGCCUGAAAACAACCAAGUCAUCAACCUGACCACCAGCUACACCUGGUCUGGCUGUGUGGUUGAAACAGAGGGCAAUGAGGACAUGCUGAGUUGUGUAGGAGGUCGAAGUUUUCGUUCAGUCCGAGAGAGAUGGUGGUACAUCGCGCUCAGCAAGUGCGGCGGAGAUGGGCUGCAGCUGGAAUAUGAAAUGACAUUAACCAACGGACAGUCGUUCUGGACCCAGCAUUUCUCAGCAGAUGAAUUUGGCAUCCUGGAGACUGACAUCACAUUCCUGGUCAUAUUUGCUUUUGUGUUUACACUGUCUUGUUACUUUGCUUAUAAUUUAAAGGGAAGACAGCUGCUCCACACCACCUAUAAGAUGUUUAUGACUGCGGCUGGAGUCGAGGUGUUGAGCCUGCUCUUCUUUUGCUUUUACUGGGGUCUUUAUGCCAGGGAUGGCGUCGGGAACGGCAGCCUGAAGAUAUUAGGGAAAUUACUCUUUUCCGUGAGCUUCCUGAUUUUCCUGCUCAUGCUGAUUCUCUUGGGAAAGGGAUUCACAGUUACCAGGGCAAGAAUAAGCCACAGUGGGUCUGUCAAACUGUCCAUUUAUAUGACGGUGUACACCAUCACCUACAUAAUUCUCUUCAUAUACGAAGCAGAGUUCUUUGAUCCAGGCGAGGUGCUGUAUGCUUAUGACAGCCCCGCAGGGUACGGUCUAAUGGGUCUGCAGCUUCUCGCAUACGUAUGGUUCUGCUACGCCGUUCUGGUGUCCCUCAAACACUACCCUGAAAAACAACCUUUCUACAUCCCCUUCUUUACAGCGUACACUCUGUGGUUUUUUGCUGUGCCAGUCAUGGCUCUUAUUGCCAACUUUGGCAUCCCUCGCUGGGCCAGGGAGAAGAUUGUCAACGGCAUCCAACUCGGCAUCCAUCUCUAUGCUCAUGUUGUCUUUCUGGCAAUCACACGUCCAUCAGCAGCCAAUAAGAACUUCCCUUACCACGUACGGACGUCUCAGAUAGGGAUCCUGCUCUCCAGUCCCAAAGGCAUGGGGGCAGAGAGCUUUCCUCAUCAUGCCUAUGGGAACAGCUCCUUUCUAGGAGACUCUCAGCCAAACUUCACAGAGCUCUUUUCCAUUCACUCAGAUCCUGUUAAGACCAUCGAUGAGACGGUGGCCCGGAAGGGACAGGAAGUGCCAAGGAACAGUGAGCAUAAGAUCAUCACAACAACCGCAGACCUGACGUCCACAUUUUCCCCUCUUCCUCCUCCCAUACCGCCUCGUAGCUCCGCCCACUCCCCCCCUCCGCCUCGAUUAACGUCCCAUUUCACUGAGUAUUUUAGUAUGCAAGGGGCCACAAGGAUGGGUUCCAAUGCCUAGAGCAGGCCGUAAAGGAUUGGGCAUGCAGAGAAGAGACGCAACAAGAAUAUCUACUUUUGAGUGUUGAGAAAAGAGUUAAAUAUUUCAAUAGUUUCGAUUGACGCAAGAGGGAAGCCAUUUUCAAAAAGUUACCAAAACAUAUGUAUCUUUGAAUUUGUAAAGAGAAAUACGAGCUGCUUGAACAAAGAGAGACGUAGAGGGAGAGGGCAGGAACCCGCUCACUCGGCACCUAAAAAAUAAGAAGCAAUAAAUAUUUCAGCGAGUGUCCAGAGAGUCAUUGGAGAAGCAGAGAUAAUAUAUAGGCAGUGCAAUAGAGUGACCGGAGACAACAGCGAAUCUAGAGUAUAGUUAUUUAAAGCUUAAUGUGAAUAGGAUAGCGAUGUGUACAGUAACAGAACAGUACAAUGAACACUUUACCUAUUUUAUAAUGCUUCGUUCAUUUCAAGUGGUGCCGUUACUAUAUGAAUUUACAUAAUGAAAAAGAACAGCAGUGAGACAUUUUUAUGUUUUUUUUUUUGAGAAUUUAUUAACACAUUUUGUCUGUAAAGUUCAGAUCAUUUAGGAUUUAUAUUUUUAUUCACAUUGAAUAUAGCUAGAUACUUUGCAAACAUAUUAAACUGCAAGUUAACUGUGGAAAACUAGGCAGUAUUUGUAUACCAUGCAUGUUUGUGCUUUGUCUACAGUACAUUCUGAUAUAUUCUGUGUAAUUUUGGGUGUGCCUAGUUUUCAGAAAUAAAGGUGAAGUAUGUAAUUUUUGCUAAAAUACGAUCAAAUAGAUUGCUAAACAGAAUUAACCGCAAGUAAGCCAUUUGUUGGUUUAUACAAAGUGUCAGUUGCUAUGUUUGACUCAAGUGUAUUUUCAACUUCAUUCGAAGAGGUUUUCAGAUAACAUGGUUGCAAUGUCAGAAUAUGCAUACCCUGCCCUAAGAAAUACUCAGUAUUUGACACGAGAAAAGGCAAACACAAUUGACAUACUGCUUCUACUGAAAUUCCUGUCCCAUAAGGCCACGGCACAUUAUUUCCUCAUGGAAUUCAGAAAAUACAUCUUCAGCCUCUAACAUUGUAUUUUCAGAUUUCAAAAACAAAAAUGUUAAUUGUGAACUUGACUAAUCUCUGUAUGAGUGUUAUUAUUGAGUUCAGAUUCAAUUUACACCUUUAUUACACAAAAUGUUGACCACAGCUGUUAAUCAGUCUACAAGGGUUGUCGUAAUGCUUGUGUACUUUAGUUUCCCAUGAAAAUAUAACUACUCUUUCGAUACACUUUGUAUUAACUGCAUGGAGCACUUUACUGUUUAUACACGUAUUUCGUUACCAUUGGUGUCCCUUGUAAAUGCAACCAUAUUGCAAUACAGUAAAUUAUUACCACCUUUUAUAAUGUACUGUACAGAUAAAAUGUUUUAUCUGUAGAAGUCCCUUCCCCACUGUUGUAUUUAUUUUUCCACAUAUUUUUUGCAAAUGUUAUGCAUUUUACCAUAUACUAGACAAUACAUCUGAAAUUAACCUGCUUUAAAUAUAUUUCUGUUAUGUACAUAACGGCACAUUUCAAAUAUGUUUUUAGGGGAACCCAACUUGAAUCAGUGGAUUUAUUUUAAACCAGUGCAUUUUUACAUGCUGACUUGAGCUAACUGGAAGCCACCAAAAAACAGGUUACUUUAAAAGGCUUUGGCAUGAUUUUUCUAUCGCUUGAGUGAGUGUGCGCACAAAGCAAAGGGAGAGAGCACACGUUUUGAAUAUAUGAUAUUAGCACAGCACAUUGGGGAGCACAGAGAGAUCAAGUUAAGCACAUUUCUGUUGCACUGUUCAUACUGAAUGGAAUGCAUUUCAAAGUGUCAAAUGACUUUGCAGUACAUACUCCUUUUGCCAAAUUAAAAUGCUUUUGUUAUACUGUAA